AUGCCGCAGUCCCAGGACAAGCAAGCAGACAUCAAAGACAAGCACGGCGAGCCGAUCCGCGAGGGCGACGCCGUCUGGACCAAGAUGCGCGGCGGGCGGCACGAGGGGGCCGUCGACGCGGUCGUGACGUCGGAGGCGGAGGCGCGGGAGGAGGGGGUGAAGAACCCGCCUAAGGUCUUGUUCAAGGACCAGCAUGGGCAUGGUGUUGCGCAUAACCCGGGGACGCUGGAGCGUAAGGAGUGA